GAAUGCGAGCAUUUUACUCACUCGUCUCGGAAGUGCCAGUUACCUCGCCGAAGCUAGCGCUCACGACUGCACGCCAAACGAAAGAGAUACGUAGUAGAAGCGCGUGGGCACGGUCACAGCAGCCAAUCCAUUCAUACAACGAAAAUAUCGGAUUAUCACAACGGCCUGUUCUACGUAGGUGUGUGCGACGUGCGAAUAUUACCAGUGCUAAAUAUCACAAACAGUUGAACAACAUUUGGAUUAAUCCCAAAGGACCACACAUUGUUUGUUGUUGAUACUACGAAGUGAAUAGUUAAUAAAAUGGCCAGCGAAGCACAACGUUUAAUCGGCAUCUCUCUAACGAAGAUCGCGCAAUCAAGGACGCAUCGAAGUGGUGUGAGCCUACACAAGAAUCUACUGAUUGCUACCGUGCUUCAAAAAGCGCGCUAUAUAUUCAUGGAGGAGGCGUACAACAUGGUGCACUAUCAGCAGCGUGCAGUAGCGCCAAUGCAACUGCACCACCAUCAGCAACAAGUGCAAAUGCAGCUGCAGGUGCAAAUGCAACCGCAGCAGACGCAUCCUGUGAACAUGCAGCAGCGACAUCACCAGCAGGAAGCUGAAGAAGAUGACGACCUGGUGGGAUUAACAGUGGAGGAAGCUGGAAUAGACCAGACCUCACCAUUGGAAGAUACCACCACAACUUGUAGCACAUUGCAUGACUAUCCUCAAUCCGGAUGUGCGAAAUGUGCUUCCAAUCAGAACCAGGGACAACAGCAACCACAACACGAAAAGGACAAGAACAAGGAGAACCAGCCACCCGGGUAUCAUCCGGAACAACUGACCUACUUGGAUUUGGAUAAAACGCCGAGCGUAUUAAAAGAAAGAAGUUCUAGUAAUGCCAGUACCUCUACCACGACCACCAACACCACUACCACGAGUCCAGUUUGUUUAAAACGGCGAAGGGCUGUUAGCGAAUGGGAAACUGAAGAAGCAGUGCAGUCUAUCCUACCCAAGAGAAGGUGCUCCUCUGUUGAAUCAAUCGUUACUUCUGAUGAGGACGACUCGGUAUUUCUGGACAACGCUUCUCAGCUUUCGGAAGCAGUGAGCAAAAAUUUAGAGGAAACAAAAACCACCACCAACACUAGUUCCAUGGACUCCAUCGACAGGAUUACAUCGCUGGUAUCUAUAUUCAGCUUUGGCAUGACGUCGACACCGACCGAGAACACCUCCAACGCGACCUCAGGCAACGGUAAGCUGUCGUCGAACCGAUCAGUGAGCACACCGGAUCUGUGCAGCUCGCAGGCGAAGGAGGGAGACGCGAUACAGCAGCGGCCGUUUCUCGCAAUGACCGUUUAGUUGAAAUUAAAAUUUGAACGAAACUCGAUUUGUACAUUACUAGUUUAAUUAGCGGUAAGUCAACUGUUGAGUUGACAUGCGCACAAAACAAAAUGAAAUCAACACAACCAGACAUCAGCCGAAAAAAGACCAGAAUCAAAUAUUUUACAUGAACUCAUAAACUGUUGAAAAUCACUCGCAAACAUACUAGGAAGAUCUCUUUUAUCAAAUACGUAAAGCAAAUGACAAACAAACGCGUUACAGAUGAUAUGCAUGGCUGACAUUGCUGAUUAGUACGCAUUGUCGGAUGUUGGCGAUUUCACAGGUAGAUUUAUGGUGCUAAUAAGUUAAAUCGCAGUAUUUAUUUUCGCUACCGCACCACAUUGUUGAAUACGGUUUUCGUUUAUAUUUUUCAAUAACUUCAAACAGACCAAAUGUGAUAUAUGUAUAAAGGAAAUUGAUGAACGAAUUAAGAUGUUAACUAUUUUUGUAUUUAAAAAGAAACACAACCUAAAUCAUGUAAAAGAGAGAGAGUGGUACUAUUCAUUUAUUUUUAACACAUCGCUGAAGAGCGAAAACCAACAUGGCGGAUAAACAACCGCAACGUUGUGGUAACCAUGACUACCGUGACAUUCGUUAGCUUAUCAUCACAUUGCGCAACACAUCGUCAUCGUAAUCACGUGUUUUUCUAGAUUACUCACAAUUAAACAUUUAGAAAUGUGAAUCACACAGAUUUCGUGUGGAAAUUUAAAUGGUAAAAAUUCAACAUUCCAUCAUUAUAUUUUUAAGUUAUGGAAGUCAUGGUUACCGCUUCGUAAAGAAUUUGUUUAUUAUCGACAGAAGGAAUUGUAUUGUAAUUUAAAGAAUUGAUUGAUACAUUAAUACUUAAUAUUUAAUGAAUUAUUUUUAAAUUUUAUUCACUGUAUAUAAUUAUCAUGUAACAUGACGAUUUUUGUUACGAUUCUGUUUUAAGAAUCAAUGGCCCUUCAUUUGUUUUAAGUUUUGUUAUUUUCGAGUUUACGUAUUUUUGUGUCUUUUAUAUAAUGUAAAUAAAUGUCUAUUGAUUUAA